AUGAUGAUGAGCACCGAGACCCAUACCGUUGUAGUUCUUGUUGGCUUGGUUAGCAGUGGCAUCCUUUUGGACGGCAGUAGCAGUACCUUCGGCAGUCUUGUCGAAUCUACCGUACUUGUGGGUACCAGUACUGGUGGAUUCAGAAGAUGCCUUGGUCUUGUCGAAUCUACCGUACUUGUGAGUACCAGUGCUGGUGGUGUCAGAAGAUGCCUUGGUCUUGUCGAAUCUACCGUACUUGUGGGUACCGGUGGUGGUGGUGACGGUAGUGGCAGCGUGGGAUGGGCCAAUAGUGGUGAUGAUUUCGAUGUUAGAAGCAGCGAGGUCACCGUAUUGACUUUGGGCAUCAGACAAAGCUAA